AUGGAAGAAUUAGGUAUCACACCAUCUAAGGAGAAUAUAGCAGAAGAAAAACGUGAGUUUAAGUCAUACGGAGACUUAUUGGCGGAAUUGAGUAAGAGUAACAGUGUUGCAUCAUCUGGUUUAAAUAGUGACGUUUAUUUAAGAUUAAAGAAAUUAGAAAGAGAACAUGAACUACUGACUUUACAAGAAGAUUAUAUUAAAGAUGAACAACGUCACCUUAAGAGGGAAUUAUUAAGAGCUCAAGAGGAGGUUAAGAGGAUCCAGUCCGUACCUUUAGUCAUUGGCCAAUUUUUGGAACCUAUAGAUCAAAAUACUGGUAUUGUAUCAAGUACCACUGGUAUGAACUACGUUGUUAGAAUUUUAUCAACUCUUGAUAGAGAAUUAUUGAAACCAUCUAUGUCAGUUGCAUUACAUCGUCAUUCCAAUGCGUUAGUUGAUAUAUUACCUCCAGACUCUGACUCGAGCAUAUCUGUUAUGGGUGAGAGUGAGAAACCUGAUGUCACAUAUGCAGACGUUGGUGGUCUGGAUAUGCAGAAGCAAGAAAUUAGAGAAGCUGUGGAAUUGCCAUUGACACAGGCUGAUUUAUAUGAACAGAUUGGUAUUGAUCCGCCAAGAGGUGUAUUGCUUUAUGGUCCUCCAGGUACAGGUAAAACGAUGCUGGUUAAAGCUGUUGCCAAUAGUACGAAGGCAUCGUUUAUCAGAGUCAACGGUUCUGAGUUUGUUCAUAAAUAUUUAGGUGAAGGUCCAAGAAUGGUUCGUGAUGUGUUUAGAUUAGCUAGGGAGAAUGCACCAUCGAUCAUUUUCAUUGAUGAAGUUGAUUCUAUUGCUACCAAACGUUUUGAUGCACAAACAGGUUCUGAUCGUGAAGUUCAACGUAUAUUGAUUGAACUAUUAACCCAAAUGGAUGGUUUUGAUCAAUCUACAAAUGUUAAAGUCAUUAUGGCUACCAACAGAGCAGACACUUUAGAUCCGGCUCUAUUGAGACCUGGUAGAUUGGAUAGAAAGAUUGAAUUCCCAUCUCUUCGUGAUAGACGUGAACGUCGUUUAAUUUUUGGUACAGUAGCGAGUAAAAUGUCAUUAGCCCCGGAAGUUGAUUUGGAUUCUUUAAUUAUCCGUAACGACUCAUUAUCUGGUGCUAUAAUUGCGGCUAUAAUGCAAGAAGCAGGUUUACGUGCUGUGAGAAAGAAUAGAUAUGUCAUUCUUCAAAGUGAUUUGGAAGAAGCUUACGCUGCGCAAGUAAAGACAGAUAGUGAUGUUGACAAAUUUGAUUUCUAUAAAUGA